AUGCUAAAGAUAUAUGAGGAUAUAAUCAACGAGGUUAUAUCCAAGCUUGAGCAGGCUGAAGAUGAGACAAACCUGGGGAAGUCCGCGAUUCAUGAGCUUAGAAAUGAGUGGAGAGAAAGACUUAUUGAAUAUACGCAGGGCGAGUGGGGUGUAGAGAGAAAUAUAAAUAACGAUGGCCAAGGAUACCGUGGAUACGAAAGGCCCCCUGAGGAGUCUGGAAGUGGCUUUAAUGGAAGCACGAUGAUAGAGAGGGAGGACGGGAUGUUUGAGGACUACGAAAGCCUGAGUGCCUCGAGUGGAGAUUCUGAAAUAAUAGGGAAAAAGGGUAAUGUUGGUAACUGCAUGGUUUGCCUAUAUGUAAAGGUUAACAUGUCGAAGGGGAAGUGGAAGUGCACGUUUAAGCAGGGAUUUAUUAGCAUAGGAAACAUAGACUUUGUGUUUAACUCCGCUCAGGGAGAGCUUGAGUGGUGA